UGACUGUAAUACUCAUGAACUCACAGCAAUUGGAUCAAGCUGCAUGCAACGAGUGAGGAACCUGCCAUGUCUAUCGAGAACUGGCCUUGCUAAGAUUGUGUGGGUGGCAACUUGACCUGGCCGUCAUGAUCGGCCUUAUCUUUUCGACUUUGCCCGCAGUGUGUGCUGGCCGAACAUCGAUCUCCGGAUUUCCGGAACAUUCCGUGAAGGGAUCUUUACACUCGAAUGCCCGCCCCACACGAUUUUUGUUCAAGUCAGCAAUUGCAAAUAGCAAGGACCAACUUGACGAGCUUGAGCCACGACACUCCCUUAUGAUCACACGUCGACGGUCCACUGCUUUUCCAGUCACAGACAAAGGCGCUCUGGAAUUCAGACCUGCAUGUAAGUAUCACGAGUCCAAGGAAAUCAUAUCAAUUGUUUGUCAACUGUACAUAAUAUGCUUACUACUACACAGUAUCAGAGCCUCCUGUAAGAUUGCAUUCGAGUGGACGGUAAUCUGUCACUGAAACGAAUACAUAUGUAUCGUGUCCUACUUACCCUGUUAUGAAUCAAGCUGGUGAAAUAUUCGCCACGCAGCCUACAUAGUAGCCCAUUCUACGAAGAA